AUGAGUAAUCUUAGUACUAGAACUCUUCGUGUCACCGUACCACAUGCGAUACGAUCGAAAUUAGUUGUUGGUGGUCAAGAUGCUCGACAUGAAAAAAUCAAAGCAGUUUUAGGAGAAUUAUUUCGACAGGAGAGAAUAGAAGGCUAUAUUCGACCAUAUGACGAGGCAAGACAAUAUGCUGAACGUUUGAUUGAAUUAGCAAAGAAAUACGGUGAUCGCCAUGUUGGUACAAUGCAGUUAAUGGAUUAUUGGCUUAUCGAUAAAGAUCUCAUUCAUAAAGUAUUCAAAGUGUUUGUUCCUCGAUAUGCCAACACUAUUGGUCCAUAUACUAACUCAUAUCGUUUACCCAUCGAAUACGGUAAAUUUCAACAACCAUUUAAACAACGUCAGAAUAUUGUCUUGGAAAUGAAGGAUAAUCCAUAUCCACGAAUUAUACCUGAUCCAAGAAAUUAUUCGAACAUUUUAAGCAAUGUACUUCUCAACGAAGCGCGAAAAGAAUAUCAAAAUGAGAAAAAGAAAACUUAG